UGAGUCGUGACUCUCGUCUGCGGACGGGUGAACCUGCGAUGGCGAUUGACGGGACUUGGCUGUGACGUGGGGUCCGGGAAUUGAGCACUGGCAUCGCAUGCGGCUUGCACCCACUUCGCACACGCUACGGGGACGGACCGGCGGAGGCGGGCUUGGCCCAGCCGGCCGCCACCACGAAUUGUUUUGCGUCGUGCUGCUCCCGCCCCUCAGCUCUGCCUGCAAGGCGAGUUCUCAGGCGACGCCAUAUAUUGCAGUCCGGGUGCCUGCGGCUCGGGCAGUCAGAUGAACGAUUAGCCAGCUUCCGGGUGCUGCCGGGGCUCGAGGAUCGAUUCGAUGACUGGUUGCCCUCGGAUCCGACCGCAGACGGCGCCGAGGGUCAGUUGGCGUACGGGAUCGUGCGUUGGUUGGCCUAGGCACUCACUGGCACACUGCCGACGGGAGAAGCAGCCCAGCGGUGUUCCUCUGCCGUCUCCCCGCUAUGGCGCCGCUGCUACGCAUGGUGACUUUGGUGUCGAUCGACUUUCACCCUCGUCGUCGAGCUGCCCGAGAUGCCGCGCAAUUUUCAACCUUGCCUGGCAAACCCCAAGUUAUCUGUCGUCGCGAUGGCGUCUCGUAGCGGCAGAGAUGGCGGAACGGGGAGCGCUGCAGUCAUGCAGUCGAUUGACCCGUCCGUGCUCGCUGAGGCGCCGACGACUAGCAUGGCGCUGGACAGACACGAAAGCCCCUUGCACUUUAGCCGUGUCCGCCGGUGGACGUGCACAGUCAUAGUCGUCGCCAUGACCGCCAGCGUCGCCUUUUGCUCAUCGAUCCAUACCGCCGUCAUAACAGCCGUCGCCGCUGACCUCGACUGCUCCACGACCGUCUCGACCCUCGGCGUGAGCACGUUUCUGCUGGGCUUCGGCUCCGGGCCCUUGCUGUUCGCCCCAUUGUCCGAGGUGUAUGGGCGCAACCCCGUCUAUCGCACUACGUUUCUCCUCUUUGUCGUCUUCAACCUCGGGUGCGCCCUCUCGCCCAACAUUGCGUCCUUGCUGGUCUUCCGAUUCCUCUGUGGCUUCUUUGGCUCUCCGACGAUUACCAACUCGGGGGGAUCAAUCACUGACCUCUGGCCCCCGAGCCAUCGCUCCGUGCCCCUGGCCCUAUUCACGGCGGGCAGCUUCCUGGGGCCGGUCAUGAGCCCCAUUGCCGGGGGCUAUCUCGCUACGCACACGUCAUGGAGAUGGGUCUUUUGGCUCAUCGUCGUAAUGAGUGCAACAGUCUACGUGCCCAUGUUUCUCCUUCUGCCAGAGACAUAUCCGCCGAGGCUGCUGCAAGAAAAGGCAAAGAGGCUUGGCUGCAACGCCGCGCGGCCGGGCCUGCGCGAGAUGCUUCGCACCAGUCUCACGCGGCCUACCGUCAUGUUCCUCACGGAGCCCAUCCUUUUCCUCCUGUCUCUGUAUAUGGCGUUUGUGUAUGGCAUCUUGUAUCUGGACUUUACCGCGUAUCCGUUUGUCUUUGUACAGACGAGGCACUGGGCGGCCGACCAGGCCAGCCUCUCCUUCCUAGGCAUCGGGACCGGCAUGGCUAUUGCGACCGCGGCGUCGCCGUGCAUCAACCGCGUCUAUGCUCACUACACGGAGAAAUGGGGCGAGCCGAGGCCGGAAGCCCGUCUCCCCCACCUCGUCCUGCUGGCUUGGCUCAUCCCCGUAGGCCUGUUCUGGUUUGCUUGGACAUCCACGCCAUCGGUCCACUGGGCGAGCUGUGUCGUCGCCGGCGUCCCGUUUGGGAUAGGGUUCGUGACCUUGUUUCUGGGGGUCACGUCCUAUCUCAUUGACUGCUACGGCCGGUACUCGGCGAGCGCGCUCGCAGCAAACGCCAUCCUCCGGUCGCUGUUUGGUGCCGCCUUUCCCCUGUUUUCGCGUCAAAUGUACGAGGCCUUGGGGUCGGCUUGGGCCACGUCAAUCUUGGGCUUCUUCGCCGUGGCCAUGGCCCCCAUGCCGUAUGUGUUUUUCAAGCUUGGUCCACGGAUCCGCGCUCGGUCGGGAUUCCACCAGAGGACGGCUCGAGAGGAUAGUGUAGAUGGCUGA